UCAAGCCAUGAUUUCUUCCCCUUUGUUCUGCUGGUUUUGGAGCACUGCUGUUCCUACCCAAGGCUGCUUGGGAGUCAUCUGGCACUCAAGCCGCUCUGUCUUUACCAGGCAGAGGAGAGAAACGAUGCUGAGUAUAUUUCCAGUUCUUUGCAUGUUGGGCUUCUAACUCCCACACCACCGACUUGUUUCUCCUGCUGUGCCCUGGAUGGAAUUAAAAGAGUGAGUUAUCUUCAGCAUGGGGGAACAGAACCACUCUCCUGGGAAGGAGCUUCAGCACUGGACACGAACAGAGUCUCCAGGAAAGAGAAGCUGGCACUCCCAGGCCUACACCCUUGGGGCCGUUUCCAACUUUAUGUCUACUUUUCUGACCUUUCCUAUCUAUAAGGUUGUGUUCCGGCAACAGAUCCAUGCUGUGGCGGUGUCAGAGGCUGUGCGGCAGCUUUGGCAUGAAGGCCCUCAAUACUUCUACCGGGGAAUCUACCCGCCUCUUCUCUCCAAGACGUUGCAAGGGACUCUGCUGUUUGGGACUUAUGAUAGCCUGCUGUAUUGUCUCUCCCCUGUUGGGCCACACUCCCUGGGACACCGCUGGGCUGCAGGGCUCAUGUCUGGUGUAGUAGAGGCUGUGGCACUCAGCCCCUUUGAAAGGGUGCAGAAUGUGCUCCAGGAUGGUCGCAAGCAAGCUCGCUUUCCCAGCACCUUCAGCAUUCUCAAGGAAUUCCACUCUUAUGGGCUUUGGGGGCGGCUGUCACUGGGUUACUAUCGCGGUUUCUGGCCUGUCCUUCUCAGGAACAGCCUGGGGAGUGCUCUGUAUUUCUCCUUCAAGGAUCCCAUUCAGGAUAGCUUGGCAGAGCAAGGCCUGCCCCAUUGGGUUCCUGCCUUGGUGUCUGGGAGUGUCAAUGGAACAAUCACCUGCCUAGUUCUGUAUCCUCUGAUUGUGCUAGUUGCCAAUAUGCAGUCCCAUAUUGGCUGGCAGAGCAUGCCAAGCCUGUGGGCCUCUGCCCAGGACGUGUGGGACACUCGGGGCCGAAAGGUGUUCCUGAUCUACCGUGGAGGUUCCCUGGUCAUCCUAAGGUCCAGCGUGACAUGGGGCAUCACUACUGCUAUCCAUGACUUCCUCCAGAGGAGGUAUCGUUCCAGGAAAGAGCUGAAAGACUGACUAGCUGCAGGCAGUGUGACCAUGGCAACUUGUUAUUCUAAGCCUUCCUGGGUUGGUUUAAAUAGCUUACUUCUUUAGCUUGGUCACCUAAUACAACUAUUCUUUAGCAUCUUUCAACUGUCAGUGCACUCGAGAACUUCCCAACUACCAGCCUGUUGGGCAAAGACAAAGCCAACAGUGUUCCUUGGUUAGCAAAAGAAAUUCACCCCGGUCUAUCCACAGCUUCAACAGGCUCAGACCCAGAAAGCCUUUAAGUAACUUGUAACCCACAUGAAAUGUCAUUCCUUUAAGGAAUUCACUGACUCUAAAAGAUGUGAAUAAGAGGAAACUCUAAGAUGACCUUAAUUAGGCACUGUGAGUUCUGGGACCCCUCCAGUUGUCCUCUGGACCAAACUGAGUGGAGGACCAGGAAUUCCAAUUUCAGAGAACUAAGCUUAACUCUUAGGAUGGGGAUUCCAUAGACUUUCUCAGAUGGCUACAUUUUCAUGACAUUGUUCACUACUCCUGCCACCACCACUCUCACUUCUCAUGGCUAUGGGUACUAGUUUCAGGGUAGCAGUUAUGGCUGGAAAUCCUGAGUUAGACUUGUCUCAACUGAUCAUGUGCCACAAGAACAGGUGGGAGUGGGAAGAAGUGUGGUCCCUGGAUGGAUGGGAAGAAUAGACUUUGAGGGAAGAGGUUUAGUUGCAUGCAGAAUAGAAAAUUCUACUAUAGGUUGAUUGGUGUUAAAUGCUGGGACAUUUUUUAUAGCAAGGCAAUAACAUUGCCUAGAAACCACUUGAGUUUCCCUAAGAAAUCUGGAACUGAAAUGACUAUAUCUCUUCAUAAAUAAUUGCAUAUUUUAUUGCUGUGGAUAAAUAUAGUUACUGUGACAUAAGUUAAAGAUCUGAAAUUAUAGCCUGUCAUUCAGAGCCAUUCAAAAUAUGGUCCCCAUAAAACUUGUAGCAUUUUAUCACACCAUUCCCACUUACAUAGAUCCUAUAUACUAGCCAAACUGGACUAUUGUUCCCUCCCCAAACAUGUGACUAGCUUACCCAUGGCCAUGCUUUGGCCCACACUAUUUUCUCCACCUACAAUACCCAUUCUCCACAUGCCAGUCUGCCAAAAUCCUUCCAGUUUCUCAAAGCCCAGCUCAUAUGCCACCUUCUCUUAGGAGCCUUUUCUGAUUAUCCCUAACUGAAUGUGAUUGCCCUUAACUGAAUGUGACAUUAGUCUCGUGUGAUGCCCCUCUCCA